AUGAGUCAACAACCAAGACGACGCCUUCCUGAAAACUACAUGGUUAUUUGGGUUGAUGGAAAUAUGGAUAUGACCAAUAAAGAUUGCCAAAAUACAAUGGAGCAAUUGCGUGGUGUCGUCAACCUAUGUACAACGGCUGAAGAAUGUAUUCAACAGCUGAAUGAAAAUCCUGAAGAGAUAUCAUUUGUGAUCUCCUCAGGUGCACUUGGACAACAUCUGGUACCAAGCAUCCAUGGCAUGGCAAAAUUGAAUGCUAUAUUCAUAUUUUGUAGUAAGAAAGAACAGCAUCAAGUAUGGACCCAAAAUUAG